AUGUCGUCUCGCAAACCAGAUUAUGUUCUUCGCGAGGUCGUUGCAGUGCGGGAAGAUGAGGGACAACCACCCUCGAUUCUUCCCCUGCAAUUUGAGCUUCGCGUCCGAUGUUCGCCGGAAAGGUUACUCAUUUUUCGUCUGGCAAUCUCCCUUGCUGGCAGCGCCUUCGACAAAACCGCCGAAACUAACGUUUACCUGCACAUCACGGCCGACUUUCUCGACUCCCUGGAUCACAUGGUCUGUGACAAGUCCGACACCAAUGCUCGAAACCCCUCAUACCUCGACAGUGUUCGCCGGCAACUGAAAGACACGAACUCCAUCGCCCGCCUUCGAUUUCAGCUGCUCCGUGGCAAGCAUAUUCAGCUGGCCGUGCCGAAGGAUUUCACCAUCGAUCAGCUAUGCGACGACGUAGCUCGGUCCACGUUUGAGAACGCUGAAUCGCUCGCCGCUGCCUCGACAUUUUCCCUAUAUCUUCCACACAACAUUUUGAGCAGUGAUAGUGUUCCGAAAUAUAAAGAUGCCAUCGAGCGGUCCAGAUCUUUGACAGACGCCCUGAGGCAGGGGUAUGAGCGCAUGCGAGACGUGAACAGGCUGUACCGUGGCGCCGGCGGCAAAGUGCACCAACCCCGUGACCGUCCCCAUGGCUGGUCGCCCAGGAAAGAGAAUUCCAGUCCUCUCGCUCCCGGCUCAUCUCCGUCAUGCGGUAGCACUCUCCCCUUCGACGAUGUAUCCCGAGGCUCACCACCGCCAUACAACGGAAGUCCGGCUGGGGAACAGUCGCGGACGACCAGGUCAGAUGCCGCAGCCAUCCUCGCCGCAGAUCCCGGGAAACGUCCAUUUGCCAACGUAUCCCCCACAACAACAUCUGCGACAGACGCCCCCCGACCGGAGAAGCUGCAGCGCCCUUUGGCUGUUUGUUCGGGCGAUCAGCUCAUGCGUAUGUUUGAGGAGCAACAGCGACAAAUCCAUCAACUGCACCAAAAGCUGGAGGAAUCACAGGAACGGAACAAGGCGCUUGAAAAGCGAUACGAGGAGCUAGAGGAAAAAUACUAUGAGCUGGAAAAUCGCCAAGCCGGGUACGAGGGCGGCCUCGACAGUGUCGAUAUUACGGUUGACGAUCUCGAGGCCAGGUGCAGUGCGCUUGAGAGCCAGAUGCCAGACGUUUGUGACGAGGUUAAGGGUUUGAUAGAAGACAUAGGGCGCACGACCAAAGAGGAAAUUUGCACGACCAUCGACGACAGCAUGGCGAAAGCGAUAGAAGAGACUGUCGAUGCCCAAGUUAAGAAAGUGAAAGACAGAAUUUGGAAAGCCCUACAGCCUAUAUGA